GAAGAUUGUUGGACAGGGACAACCACAGAUACUCGCUUUACCCCCACACGGCCCUCUGCUCCCACGCCCUCCAGCGCCGCCGCCAGGAUGGACCUUCUCCUGGGCUCCAGAAGAAGGGCAUUCCUUUCGCCCACCCGGCGCCUCCGCGACGCUGCCCCAGGCUGAAAGGCGACAAAUCCUCCGUGGACCAAGCGGUUUGACUUGGGCCCUUGCCUCUUUGGCCCCGGAGCUCGCAUUUCGGCCGCUCUUAGUAGCUCCUCUGCGUCCACUCCCCCUCGGCUCAGGACCACUUGGUCUGCGCCGCCUGCAUCCUCUGUGUGCCGGGCCCGCCCGCACUGCGGGGGAGAGGCGGGGAGCCGCCCACGCCGCGCCUGGCGCUCCGCGUCGCCGUCUCCCUGGGACGCGCGCGGGCUACGCGGCCCGCGGGAGCAGGGCGGGCGGCCAUGGCGCGGCGCUCCGGGAGGUAGCCGGGCGAGACGCGAGGAGCACAGGGGCCGCCAUGGCCCGGCGGCGGCGCCGCGCUUGCAUCGCGCUGUUCCUGGUGCUGCUGUUCGCCUUCGGCACCCUCAUGGGCCUGCGCACGCUCAAGGCUCCCGACGGACUCCCGGCUCUGGGUCCAGGCCUGGAGCUGGCGCCCUUUGAGCGUCGCCCGGAGGGAGCCCCGGCAGCCCCCGCCGCGCCACCGCCGCCGCCUCCGCCCCGCACCGCGGGCCCGGGCAGCCCCCCGGGGCCGGCCCCCGCGGAGGCCGAGCCCGCUCCUGGGCAGAGUUUGCGUGUCUACUCGGACCUGCACGCCUUUUACUACUCAUGGUACGGGAGCCCGCGGCGCGAGGGUCACUACAUUCACUGGGACCACGUCAUGGUGCCACACUGGGACCCCAAGAUCUCGGCCAGCUACCCCCGCGGCCGCCAUAACCCCCCCGACGACUUGGGCUCCAGUUUCUACCCGGAGCUGGGGCCCUACAGCUCCCGGGACCCCGACGUGCUGCGGGAGCACAUGACCCAACUCAAGGAAGCCGCCAUCGGCGUCCUGGUCCUGUCCUGGUAUCCACCUGGUAUGGCUGAUGAUAAUGGGGAACCCUCAGAUGACCUGGUGCCCGCCAUUCUGGACACUGCCCAUCAGUACAACAUCCAGGUGGCCUUCCACAUCCAGCCCUACAAAGGACGGGAUGACAUCACUCUGCACGACAACAUCAAGUACAUCAUUGAUAUGUAUGGCUCCCAUGGCGCAUUUUACCGCUAUAAGAACAGCAUGGGUAAGAGCCUCCCACUCUUUUAUAUCUACGACUCAUACCUGACAUCCCCUGAGGCCUGGGCCCACCUCCUGACACCAAAUGGGCCCCACUCAAUCCGCAACACCCCCUAUGAUGGGGUCUUCAUAGCGCUGCUGGUGGAGGAGGGCCACACCCAUGACAUCCUGGCCGCUGGAUUUGAUGGCAUGUACACCUACUUUGCCUCCAACGGUUUCUCCUUCGGCUCCUCCCAUCAGAACUGGAAAGCUGUGAAGAACUUUUGUGAUGCCAACAACCUCAUGUUCAUUCCCAGUGUGGGGCCUGGCUACAUUGACACCAGCAUUCGGCCCUGGAACAACCACAAUACACGGAACAGGGUCAAUGGCAAGUACUAUGAGACAGCCCUGCAGGCAGCCCUGACAGUAAGGCCUGAGAUCGUCUCCAUCACCUCUUUCAAUGAAUGGCAUGAGGGUACCCAGAUUGAGAAGGCGAUUCCCAAGAAGACGCAAACUCGUCUGUAUUUGGACUACCUGCCUCAUCAGCCCAGCCUGUAUCUGGAGCUGACUCGCCGCUGGGCGGAGCACUUCAUCAAAGAGAAAGAGCAGUGGUUGAUGUGAGGGGCCUGCAAACGGGCAUGAGGUGCUGAUGUCUGAGUCUCACUGGAUGAUGUCACCACGUGGGGCUCUGCUGAGAUUGUAGGCACUCGCUCAUCUCCAAGUCCGCAGCUGGGUGCUUCCGGGUGGGCCCAAGCCUGGGCCCAUGUAGAACAGAGCCUGUUUCUCAGGCAAGUGGUGCUGGGGUGCUCUCAAGUAACAGGAAACCAGGCCGUGUUCAAGAGAGGGAACGGUAGAGGCGGCCAGGUGUCUGGCAUUAGCCCAGAGCAGCCCCAUAUCCUCAGUCAGAACACUAAAAUAAUCCCUUCUAGCUUUGAAAUCAGCAGGCUGGUGUGAUGUAGUGGAGUCACCAAAUCACUGCUCUUAGAAGGGUGUCAAGGGUUCUGGGCUAUAGCAUGCACCUUGCUCCCUUCUGCCAGCCUGUAUCCCCUAUUCAGGCCUCCUUCCUCCGUCAUGUGUCUUCUCCAAGUUAGGGAACCAUAUUUAAGACUUUUUACAAGGGAAAUGCUAUGUUUAAGCUCUUCCCAGAUUCCUGAACCCAGUUUUCAGGAAGUAAUCCUGAGCAUUCACACAUGUAUUCAAUGCAGACUACAGCACCUUACCACGUGCUGGGUGCAAACAACCAGGAAUGGCUCCUGUCUUCCUGCCAUUUAUAGGACCCAGCUUCAUUUAUUUGGUGUGGCCGUGUGGCUAGUGCCUGAGCACAGCUAUAGGGUUUUCCUUCCUGCACUUUUACGCAGUGCUGGGAAUUCAGUUGUUUCCUCUAAGAAAAUACCUCUGUGGUCCAGAGCCUCCAUUUUCCCAGGUGAACCUUUAGCUCCAGGGAGAGGACCGGGACAUCCCUCUCCCUUUAGCUGCCUAAAUUGAAUGAUUCGAGGCCCAUUCACUAGAGCCAAUUGCAGUGCUGCUGUGAUUUGUAUUAAAUAUGACAUGGUAUUCUCAAGUAAGCCUUCCUUUUGCUCUUCAAAACUUCACAAAUUCUGACCCUGACCCCUCAGAUUCUGACAAAUUGACUUGUGGGAUGGCUACAGUGUUAGCACAAUGAAGAGUGAGUUUGCUUAAGAAACUAGUAGUUUAAACAAGAUUUUGAAGGAAUGACUUAACCACUGCUUCUUUACAAAAAAACAUGCUAAUUACAGAGACCUUCAAAGCAGGCCCUGGGACAACUUCUUGGCAAGAUUCUUAAGAUGUACUUGAAAAUGUGUGCUGGAAACCACUGAGUUUAUGAUAGCAAGACUAAAUCCUAAUUCUGGGAACUGGGGUGCAAGGAUGGAGGGGAAGUACUGGGCCUUAUUUGGUACCACAAGGACUCUCAGCUGCAGUUAGGUAAUUGAUAAUAAACCCCACUGAUGGAUGGGGUAGGCCUGGAUCACCCUGCUUGUGACUUCGUGGGGAAAUCAAGGCAGGCAGAAAUAGGUGAAAAGGGCUAGAUGGUGACCUGUAAUAAUUCACAGAAGGGAGUAACACAGGCCUCAUUUCACACAUAAACAAUUUGAAAAAUCCUACAAGUAUGACAAUGCCCUAGCAGACAGAGGCAGCAGUUGCUGAUGACACUGCAACCUGAUUUAGUUCUUUUGAAGGCUAAUCUGUAUCAAGAGCCAUAAAAAUGUUCAUACACUUUGACCUAGCAAUCCUACCCUAAGGAAAUAUUUCAAAGAAGAAAAAUAAACCAUUUAACAAAGA